AUGUUUGGUGCAUCGAAUACUAACACAAGUGGAGGAUUAUUUGGAUCUUCAAAUAGUAAUACCAAUACUACAGGUGGUGGGUUAUUUGGCGCUGCUAAACCAGCAGCAUCAACAGGUUUUGGAACUACAAAUAAUACAACAGCAACUUCAACAGGAGGAGGAUUAUUUGGAAGCCAACAAGGUCAACAACAACAACAACCAGCAACUGGUGGAUUAUUUGGAGCUAAGCCAGCUGCAUCUACUACUACCACUGGAGGUGGAUUAUUUGGACAAGCUAAUAAUACUCAAACAGGUUCUACUGGUGGUGGAUUAUUUGGAAAUCAACAACAGCAACAACAGCCAGCAACUGGUGGAUUAUUUGGAGCCAAACCAGCUGCAUCUACUACUGGUGGGGGAUUAUUUGGUGGCAACACUGGAUCUACUACAUCAGGAGGAUUAUUUGGAGCCAAACCAGCAACCACCACAGGUGCUACCACUACAGGAGGAUUAUUUGGUGGAAAUACUGGUACUACUACAACAACAAAUACUGGAGGUGGAUUAUUUGGUGCUAAACCAGCAGCCACCACCACAACAACCGGUGGCGGGUUAUUUGGCGGUGCUCAACAGCAACAGCAACAGCAACAAGUUCAACAACCACAACAGCAACAACAAUCAACAGGAUUGUUUUCUAACAACACUACUAAUAAUGCACAACCUUCAUUUAGUUGGAGUCAGCCACCUAAAGCAUCUACCACAUUUCAAAAUAACAACAGCAAUAAUACACUUAAUCAACAACAAAAUCAAGCAACCACCAAUCUUAAUACUUAUACUCCAGCAGUUAAUGAUCAAUUGAAUAAAAUUUGGGAACAAUGGGAUCCAAAUUCUGGUAAAAAUGUUUUGAAAUCAUAUCUUUAUAAUAAAUUUACCGAUGAUGAAAUCAAAAUAUUAUUGAAUCAACCAAGACCAAAUAAUAUCACUUCAGAAGAUUGGGAAAUUGCCAUGAAUAAAAGACCAGGUCCUAAUUAUUAUCCAAUACCUAUUAAUUCAUUUAAUGAAAUUGCCACUAGAAUUGAAACUCAAUUAGAUCAUGUUUCAAAAUCAAGAGUUUUAUUAAAUAAUAUAAACACUAAUUUGGAUAAUUUAUCAAGUCAACAUGAUUUAGAAAAUACUACUAGAAUAUUAAAAGCCAAAUUAAAUCAUGAAAAAUUAAGUAGAAGAUUAUUAAGAUUAGCUACUGUUUUAUCAAUCAUUAAAUUGAAAGGAUAUCCUUUAUUACCUGAAGAAGAAGAAAUCAGCAAACAAUUUGAUUUAUUAAGUAACAAAUUAAAUGAUCCAAAUGGUUCAAUAGGUAAAUUGAAUGAUUUAUUUGCAAGAUUAAGUAUAUUGAAAGAAAGAGCUGAAGAUUUGAAUACUCAAUUUGAUAAUUCUAUUAAUUUAUUAAGCAACGAAGACUUGGGUGAUAAGGCAUCAUCAUCAUCAACAUCAUCAACUAGUGUUACUACCACCAAUGGUGCUAAUGCAAAGAAUAAUUCGGAUGAAGUUAUCAAUAAGAUAUCACAGAUAUUAUUAAAACAACAAAUGGGAUUGAACUAUCUUAAUGAUGUUUUAGAAAAGGAUAAAUCUAAAUUAAAAUGA